AUGGCAUUCUCCCCAUUUGUUAGUGCAGUUGUGGCGGAGUUUAUUGGAACAUUUCUUUUUGUUCUUACAAUCCCAUUGGCUUCACUUGGUGUGGGGUCACUUGCACCGUUGCCAAUCGGAUUUAUGCUCGCUGCCAUGUGUUUUUCAUUUGGUUAUAUCAGUGGGGCUCAUUUUAAUCCAGCAAUUUCUUUUGCCACAUUUAUCAAUGGUAAAAUUAGCUUUAAAAAAAUGAUUUCAUAUGUGGUUGCACAUGUAAUAGCUGCUUUUCUCGCAGGUUUGUACGGAUCAGCUAUAGUAGGUUUGGAUAUACCUGUUCCAUCAACAGAUGUAUCUUUGGUAAGUGUGUGGCAAGCCAUAUUAUGUGAAAUGGUAUACACAUUUGCUCUAACCUCAGUAGUACUGCAUGUGAACUACUCUAGACAACGAAGUAAUGAAUUCUAUGGGUUUGCAAUUGGUAUGACUGUACUUUCUGCAUCUUUUGCUGUAGGUGGUUAUACUGGAGGUGCAUUUAAUCCUGCAGUGGCAACUGGCACGCAAUUGGUUGGAUGCAUUGGAGGAAAUUGUAAACCUCUUAUCUUUUUUUGGAUAUAUUGGGUCGCACCUCUCGGUGGGGCUUUUCUUGCCUCUAUCGCCUAUCAGAUUCUCGAUACACACGAGCGUGAUGUCAACGGAAAUUUAUCGGAGCAAGUCUUCUAG